GAGCUCGAGGUGCUGCGCGAGGUGGGCCGCGGCGCCUUCGGCCGCGUCUACCUCGCGCGGGUCCGCGGCGGCGGCGGCGCGCUCUUCGCCGUCAAGGUGCUCCGGAAGAGCUCCGUGCUCGCGGCCGGCGGCGCGGAGUCCGUGUUCACGGAGCGCGACGUCGCGCGGACCGCCAAGCACGGCUUCGUCGCCCAGCUGCGCUGCGCCUUCCAGAGCCGCCUCGCGCUCUACCUCGUCUCCGACUUCUACCCCGGCGGGUCCCUCGCGGAGCUGCUGAAGCGCGCCGUGCGGCUCUCGGGCGCGCCGCUGCCGCUGGACGACGUCCGCUUCUACGCGGCGGAGCUCUCCGUGGCGCUGAGCUACCUCCACUCCGUCGGCGUCGUCCACCGCGACCUCAAGCCCGCGAACGUGCUCCUGGACCGCGACGGCCACGUGGCGGUGUCGGACUUCGGCCUCGCGCGCGCCGCGCGCGCGGGCCUCGCGGAGCGCCGCGGCCCCCAGAAGUCGUCCAGGGUGCGCGGCUUCUGCGGCACCGUGGCCUACAUGGCGCCCGAGCUCCUCCGGGCCGGCGAGCAGCACUACGGCCCGCCCUGCGACUGGUGGGCCUACGCGUGCAGCGUGCAGGAGCUCGCGACGGGGUCGACGCCCUUCGAGGCCGGCUCGAGCCGCGCGCUCUUCCGGAACAUCCUCAAGGGCGACCCGCGGGCCGUCGGCGACGCGGACCUCGGCGCGCUCCUGUCGUCGCUGCUGCGCCGCGACCCGGACGUCCGCGGCGGCGCGCGCGCGAUAGCGCGGUCCCACUUCUUCCGCCAGCUCUCCUGGCGCGACGUCGAGCGGAAGCGCCUCCACCCGCCGCGCGCGCCGCCG